AUGAAUAUGACUUCCAACAAAGAGCCUUCCGAAGCGAUUAUGCCGAGCUCAUCGGCAACAGCCAGUGACUCUGACGAUCAGCCGCCUGUUGAAAUUGUCUCCUCCAAGAAGCAGUCAUGGAGCGACAUUUUCACCAUUGCUUGCUCCGGCUUCGCUCUCAUCAGCGAUGGCUACCAGAAUAACCUCAUGACCAUGACGAACGUCAUCCUUAAGGCUGAAUAUCCCAAACAAUACACCUCAUCUGUCAGCACAAGAGUCUCCAAUGCUCUUCUUAUAGGCGAAAUUUUCGGUCAAGUCAUCAUCGGUCUCACCUGCGACUACCUCGGUCGUAAGUUUGCCAUCAUUCUCACCACAUCUUUGAUAGUCCUCGGUUCCAUCCUUGCAACUGCUGCUAGUGGAGUUACUGUCGACGGCAUGUUCUGGAUGAUGACUGUGGCCCGUGGCAUUAUCGGCUUCGGUGCUGGCGGCGAAUAUCCCGCCUCAUCGACGUCCGCUUCCGAAGCAGCCAACGAACACUCGUUGAAGAACCGUGGACCCAUCUUUAUUCUCGUCACCAACUUGCCUCUGUCUUUCGGCGGCCCGUUGGCUGUCAGUAUCUUCCUCAUCGUCUUUACCGCUGCGGCAGGGCCUCAGCAUCUUUCUACCACCUGGCGUGUCUGCUUCGGAAUUGGCUGCGCUUUGCCCUUGACCGUCUUCUACUUCAGGCUAAAGAUGCUGAACUCGAAGCUCUACCGCCGCGGUGCGAUCAAACGUCAUGUUCCCUACACCUUGGUUCUCCGAUACUACUGGAAGCGUCUCAUCGGUACUGCUGGAGCCUGGUUCCUGUACGACUUCGUUACCUUCCCCAACGGCGUAUUCUCUGGUGUCAUCAUCUCAUCCGUCGUGAAGGAUUCGAGCAUUAAAUCUACUGCAGAGUAUCAGCUUCUACUCGGCGCCAUUGCGUUACCAGGUGUCCUGCUGGGUGCCUUCCUGUGCGAUCGUAUCGGUCGUAAAAACGUCAUGAUACUAGGAUUUUCUGGGUACCUUGUCUUCGGACUGAUCAUCGGCGCAGCCUACGACCAGAUUACCAAGAUCCUGCCCCUUUUCGUAGUCUUUUAUGGUCUCAUGCAGAGCUCUGGUAACAUGGGCCCCGGCGACAUGCUCGGACUGGUGUCUUCGGAGUCGUACGCCACUGCAGUUCGCGGGACCUGCUACGGCUUCUCCGCCGCUGUUGGAAAGGCUGGAGCCGCCAUUGGCACUCAGGCUUUCACGCCGAUCCAGGCCAACCUCGGCAAGAGGUGGACCUUCAUCAUUGCUGCCAUCUGCGGUGUCGUUGGUGUUCUCGUCACCUACUUUUUCGUCCCAGAUCUCAAGGGCGACGAUCUUUCGAAAGAGGACGAGAACUUCCGUGCCUACUUGCUCACCCAAGGCUGGAAUGGUGAGAUGGGAGAGGAUGACUCGGUAGCUUCAGCCCAGGAAGUGACACCGGCGGGAAAGGCUCGGGAGGCAAAACAGAUGGUCCCCGAAAUCGGAGAUAAUGACGUCCUUGUGAAGCGGCGCUACCCUCAAUGGUCAGACGGAGCCGGGACAGUCCUAUCUGUCGGGCGGCACGUCACCCGAUUCAAGGCAGGUGAUAAGGUUGUCACCGUCCUUCUUCAGAAACAUACAGGGGGAGCUAUUGACAGACAAGCACCGGAUUUUGGGCUGGGCGGCGGAGUUGAUGGAACCUUCCGCACCGCAGGCGUCUUCAAUGAGCAAGGACUUGUGAUGAUGCCCGAGGGCUUAAGCUUUAUUGAAGCUGCUUCGCUGAGCUGUGCUGGGUUAACUGCUUGGAAUGCUCUCUUCGGGAUUCCUGGGAAGAGACUCUCGGCAGGAGAAUGGGUUCUCACCCAAGGCACUGGCGGAGUCAGCGUCUUUGCCAUUCAGUUUGCCAAAGCUGUCGGCGCCAGAGUCAUUGCGACCACUAGCUCGAGCGAAAAGGCCAAGAUUCUCGACAAACUUGGUGUCGACCAGGUGAUCAACUAUGCCGAAACCCCCGAUUGGGGCUUGCUUGCAAAGAAUCUAACAGGCGGCGUUGGCGUUGACUGGGUUGUUGAUGUUGCUGGCUCCAGUACAUUGAGGCAAAGCGUUGCUAGCAUCAGACUUGAUGGCGUCAUCAGCACUGUGGGGAUUGCUGGCGGCGACGCCCAACAGACAAUCCCAAAUCUGCUAGAUACAUGGCUCAAUCUUUUCACUGCUCGUGGCGUUUGGGUCGGUAGCCGGCUGCAGAUGGAGGACAUGUGCAAAGCGGUUGAAGGGAACCCGCAAAAGUUGCGCCCCAUAAUUGACUCGAAGGUUUUCAAAUUGGAGGAGAUGAAAGAGGCGUAUGAGUAUCUAGCUUCUGGGAAGCAUCAGGGCAAAGUUGGCAUUACGAUCACAUGA